AUGGAGGAAGUUGACAAGGAUCAAGAGGAGGCGAGUGAACCCGAAAACCAACAGGAUACGAGAGGGGCCUCUGAGAAGUUAGAGGAGAAGUCCUGCAGGAGCCAGCCUCAAGAGGAGCAGGUGGAGGAGAGUGAAGAGAUAGUUACUCCUCAGAGGAUACUCAACCUUCAGAGAGAUUUGCCGACCUUGGUGACAAACAUCCAAACUGCAGCAGAUGCCAAAGAGUCAAUGCGAAGGACGGAGCAGGAGAAAGCUUGCCGAUUAAGAUUGGAGCGGCUGGAGAAUGAUGCCAAAUCCUGCGAGGAACAUUUUGAGGAGAUCACCAAAGGGUGGCUGUUAGCAAAUCAGAAGAGGACCCCUCAGGAGCUGCAGGAAGCGCUGAACAACCAGCAGAAAUUAUGUUCUGCUCUCAUAGAGGACAAGAAGAAACUCAAUAAUGAGCUGCAACAGGAGCUGAGGGUUGGAGAUGAUCGCUUUGUUAAGGACUUGAGGAAGCAUGCAGAGGAGCGGGACCUAAUGAUGGAGAGGACGGAGGAACAGAUCAAAACACUGACAAAGGAGUACAGGGAGGAGCUGGCCCAGUUGGAGGUAGUUUAUCAGCAGGAGAGCGAAGUCUUACUCAUGAAAGACAAGAGGGAAUGGGAACAAGUCAUGAAGAGACUUUUGGACAAAAAGCAGGAGAGGCAGGUGCAGAGGCAGAAGGAAGUGGAGGAGCAUCAAGUGAAAAUGCACACUGUGAUGUUGAAGUCUUCUGACAAGCUUAACACCUUCCAGUUAGAACACAGUGAAAGGUUUCAAGUUCUGGAGAGAAAGUGUCUACAUUUUGACACCACCAGCGAGCUUGCACGUCUAGAGCAGGAAAAGCAGAAGUAUGAUGUGCUUUUACACAGAUUCAACCUGACACAGAUGAAGAGCAAGACCGUCAGUCUGAAAACUGAGAUAAAAAAUCUCAAGGCUCAAUUUAGCAGCCAGGAGGAACAGUUUGCAGCGAGGAGCCGGCAAUUGCCUGAACACUACAAACGCAACAUCCAGCAAUACGAACAAGCACAGAAGAAAAUAAAGCACUUUGCAGGCGCCAGUGUUAGAAAAUUUGAGCAGAUGUGGCUGAUGAUUGAAGAAGAGGUGAAGCAACUAGUUGAUAAAGUUUUAAUUAUAGACUCGCUGAUCUGCGAGCAGUCCCUCGGCAUAGCUUGGGUGCGACCUAAUUUGCCGUUCAUGGAGCAAACCGAUCCCACCCAAAAACAGGCCAGAGCUCCACCCCAAGCUGUCGGCAACAUAGACACUUCACAGGGUGGUCAGAGGAUGAUGGACGCCUCAGUUGGGCCUACUUUAGAGACUGAUACCGAUAUCAUAAACGUCAACGCUUGCAAGGAAGCAAAAGCAAUGCAGAGUGAGAGUGCUGAAGACGAGGAGGAGGGGAAAUUGACGAAUGAAACUCUAAAAAAAGUGAUGGAGCUGCUGUGUGAUGAGGCGGGUUUCCUGUUGGAGGACAAACUCCUGAACCUGCUGGAUCCUCUGGAGAAGGAAAAACAGACCGUAGUGAAGCUGGGCUCCCUCCUCUCAGCUUUAGGCAUCAAGGUGGAAGAAGUUCACAGACUGGCUCAUUUCUUAUUGAAGUACAAACCUCAGCAGGCAGAGCAGACUGAGGAUGUUUGUAAAGAGUCACAUGAGUCCAUUAGCAAGGAUGAAGAAAUGGGGACCAGCUGUAGGAGGCAUGUGACCUCUGAGCUCAUUGAUCCAAACCAUGUUUUGCCUGCUCUGAAGAGCUUCCUCGCACAGCAUGUGAGAUCCAGUUUGUGCCUGCGGAGAGUUCAAGCCCGCCAACAUCUCAGUUUUCAGCAUGUAGCAGCCCGGGAUCCUUCAGAGCUUGAAGCCUACUGGGAGAGCGUGGGCAACAUCAUCUCUGAGGACAAAGUGGACCUCUGGGAAGCUGCAGAGAGAGAACUGAAUCAGUACCAUGUGGUCCUGACGGAGAUCUCUGAGCUCAUUCCAGAGACUCAGAGUCUGGAGCAGCAGAACGCAGAGCUGCGGAUGCUGCUGCAACAGUCUCUACAGUCUAUAGUCAACACAGAGCUGGAGAUGCCCUUACCCUAAACUAACAUGGAAUAAGCAGAACUGGGACACUACUCAAAGGACUGGAACUCAGUAAAUAAAUAAAGCUUCUACUGCAUCAUGUUGUGCUUUCAGUCUUUAUUUUACAGCUGCAGUAGAAAGAAAUUGGUAGAGCAGUGAAUAACAUCCCCAGUACAUAUGGUGAUAUAGGGUACAAUGUAAACACACUAGCACAGAGUCAUACAGUGGUUUUAUCCCGCAGUGUGGAAGAGCUUGUGGCUGAGCUCUGACGGCAGAGAGAAGAAGAGCAGAGCAACAAAGAGCAGGCCCAGCACAGCAGCCAGCAGCAACACGCAGUGGAGCCUGUAGUUCCUCCAGGCCAGGAUACACAGUGUCCUCGCUGGGCUCAGCAGCCACGACAUGCUGCCGCUGGGGCGACUGGACAGAGAGAUUCAGAGUAAGACAGCUGUUGUAUUAUUGCAAAGAGUACUAAAGAUGUACCACAUCUGGUGAAAGAAGACUCACAACUCUCAUUUCACCUUCUCAAUCCCUGACAGUGGAAGUAAAAAAAAGACCACCAGGGGGCAGUGUGUGAACACUAUAAUUACAUAUCGCCUGUAAAAAUAACAAAGCAAACUUCAAUAGCCAACAGUGGCAACAUCCAGCAUUUAGAGCAACACUUGCGUUAUAUGAUUGGACGUUGGAUUUAAGAUUAUUGUCAAUUAUUAAAUCUCUUUUUUCAGUCUCCACCAACUACAAAUCUUUCAAGUCUGCAUUUGCUCAGUACUGCCCCCUUGAGGCCACCUAGGACCGUUUCCCAUGAAUUGGAUAAGCAAGCGCCAAAAGAAGCUAAAUCUUAAGCUAGCUUCUUAAUGAUCCAAUGUGUUCUCAUGCUUGUUGCUCAGUCAUUUACAAACUGAAGAUACUGAACUGUGGGCAGGGAACCCUGUUAUUUCACUGAAACAUGUUUUAAAGCUUUGUAGACAGCAGAAUUUGGUGGUAACUAUCUGAGGAUAUGUCACUACAAAGGAGGGAAUGUGAUUCAUUGUUUUUUAAAUAAAAAGACAAUAGCGCUUGGAGAAUCUAAAAACAUGAAGACCAUGGAAAUCGGUUUAUUUCAAAUUGCCAAAACAGACAGAAAAUAAAUAUUACACACUUUUAAACAGAUAUAUAAACACAGAUUCAUUGUAAAAACAGGCAAGUUCAGUGCAAACAUUAACUCUGUAAAUUGGUGAAACAGAAUCACAGACUGUAACACAAAUGAG